CAUGUGAUCAUCUUGAAGCAGAAGGAGGAAACGUUACAAUAGACUGGGCGUACCGGAUGUACGAGCCUAAAUGUGUAUACAAGGGUACCGUCAUACGAUUCGAAUGGGAAGGUGACCACAAUGUGGUUGUAUUGAAGAAUAGAAAAGAGUUUGACGAUUGUGAUGUUGGGGACGAUGUUGAUACAGACUACACACUUGUAGCAGAAUACACGCUUAACCAGGUGAAAACAUAUUACUUUGCGUGUGGUGUGAACGAUGCUUGUCAGAUAGGAGGACAGAAGAUAGAAAUUCAAGUAAUUGAACGCCCAGAUGGACCAAUCCCGAUGUAGCGAACGACUGUACCAGCCAUUAAAGACUUUGUAGAGUUAUAGAAUGUGAUCAAAUUCUUCACGUUCAAAUAAAAGAAGACACUAUCAAUUUAACUACAAUCCAUUUUAAUUUGGUUGUGUAUUACAAGUAAUAAAACCUAAAGAAUAAGCAAUCAAAAGACUUUCUAAAAAA